AUGGAUGUCGCCGACUAUGCUCGUCUUCGGCAAGCUGAAUUGGGACAAGCUGGCCAUAUUGAUCGACCCGAGUACAGCCAACCGCUUUGUACCGCUCUCCAGAUUGCAUUGACGGAACUGCUGAGAAGCUUCGGAAUUAUACCCAGUGCUGUUGUAGGCCAUUCAUCCGGCGAGAUAGCUACAGCUUAUGUAGCUGGUGCACUAUCUUUGUCAUCAGCCUGCAAAGCUGCUUAUCAUCGUGGACAGUUAGCAGAGAAACGGAAGACGACUACUGAGGUCCCCGGUGCGAUGUUGUCUGUUAAUCUGUCUGAAGAACAAAUACCUAACUACCUCGAUUCAAUCAACGUGGUGGAACCGGUCAGAGGGGUGCAAAUCGCUUGCGUCAACAGCCACCGGCACUCAAGACUUUCCGGCCCAGAAGAACCAAUUGACCUAAUUAAAGCACAACUAGAUAUAGAUUCAUCCAUAUUGCCGCAGACCCCGCCUACCCUAUUCACUGAGGACAGCGUGAACCGCUGCUUGGAAGUUGGUUGUGGCGAGCUACGAUCUGAUAGGGCUGAGCAACAUGCGGCCCCAGAGGUAGCUUUCCCAGAAGUAUCGGCGGCUAGUGUAACUAUCCCUGACACUUUCCGACCGUUUUCAUCACAGUCUUCAUUCCUUGCUCCUGUGGACGCCGGCAAGGAGAUCGAUUAUGAAGUUAAGCGCACCGUGUACGGGCGUGCGUACGCGACACGGGUCGUACAUGCCAGUCAGGGACAAACCCAGUAUGGGACAUCUAAGCCGGGCUUGGACGGUGCUCAUCCAGAUGACAUCGAUCCGGUUGCUUUGCAAAUAAUGCAAACCUCGCUUCUCGACAAAUCUGUCAACAUAAACAAACUAAAACCUGAGGAGCACCCCCUGGAUUGCCGGCCGUUGAAGAUGGAUAUGUCGGAUGAUCCAUCACGGUUCCGUCUCUGGGGAUUCAUGCGCUCGCUACCUCUGUCUAGCGGCAGCCAUUUGCUUCACCUGGCGGCACUUGCAUAUGCGUCGAAUGAGUUUGCGUUUGGAGCAGCCUUGGCCGCCAAUCCUUUAGCUGUAGUUUAA